GCUUUCUUUUCGGGAUUUAGUCCGACCGUUAAUAGAAUCUCAAGAAUUUGUGUUCAAGGAAAAUGACUUCAGUAGACGUACGCCCCAGGCCUUCGCAGCUUACUCGCAAUACUGAACAGCCCAACCUUGGCCGUGAGCAGCUCCUUUCUGGAGUACGUAGCCUGCCUUUGAACGGUCAUGUCGGAUUUGACAGUCUUCCGGACCAGCUGGUCAACAAGGCGAUGGCUAAAGGAUUUUCCUUUAACAUUAUGUGUCUUGGUGAGACAGGUAUUGGUAAAUCAACCAUGAUGGAUACCCUCUUCAACACGACCUUUGAAGGAAAACCCAGCAGUCAUGACUUGCCCAAUGUGGAUCUUAAAGCCAAUACUUACCAUUUAAUUGAAAGUGGUGUUAGACUGACCCUAACCAUUGUUGACUCAGUUGGCUACGGUGACCAAAUUAACAAAGAAGAAAGUUGGAAGGCAAUUGUGGAUUUUAUUGACAGCAAAUUUGAGUCCCAUCUACAAGAAGAAUUAAAGAUUAAGCGUUCUCUGCAUGACCAUCAUGACUGUAGGAUCCAUGUCUGUCUUUACUUCAUUGCUCCAACAGGCCAUUCACUAAAAUCUUUGGAUCUUGUUACAAUGAAGAAAAUUGAUUCCAGAGUAAACAUCGUACCAGUAAUUGCCAAAGCUGAUACUAUUACCAAGAGUGAACUGUCCAAAUUUAAGACUAAGAUCAUGUCUGAACUGACAGCCAAUGGUGUGCGAGUUUACAAGUUCCCUCUAGAUGAUGAAUCUGUUGCUGAGGCGAAUAGUACUAUGAAUGAUCUUCUCCCUUUUGCUAUAGUGGGAAGCAAUGAGGAAGUGAAAAUAGCAAACAAGAUGGUCAAGGCUAGACAGUAUCCGUGGGGAACUGUUCAAGUGGAAAAUGAUAAUCACUGUGACUUUGUCCGUAUGCGUGAAAUGAUUCUCCGAAUCAACAUGGAGGACCUCAGGGAAUCUACUCACAUGAUUCAUUAUGAACUCUAUAGACGAAACAAACUAACAGAAAUGGGCUUCUCUGACUCCGGCUCAAAAAGUUUGUCUGAGACGUAUGAGCUGAAGCGCCAAGAGCACAUUGCCGAACUGCAGCAGAAGGAGGAGGAGAUGAGACAGACGUUUGUCAUCCGGGUCAAGGAGAAAGAGGCCGAGCUCAAGGACGCUGAAAGAGAGUUGCAUAUGAGAUUUGACCAGCUGAAAAAGCAGCACACUGAUGAGAAGAAGAAAAUGGAGGACAGCAGAAAGCGGUUAGACGACGAGUACAAUCUCUUCCAGCAGAAGAAGGCUCAGCAACAGCAGAGUGCCACGAUGGGAAAGAAGAAGAAAUAGAUGGUCGUCGUGUUGAUUGACAGGACUGUCAAAUGGAGGGGCCAGUUCAUGUGUCUUCCUAGGUCAUUGAUAUGUCGGGACUUACAAUUGCUAAGUGUUUCCCUAGGAUGUUGACACUUAAUGAUUACUAUCAUUGCCAUACCAGACUUCAUUCUUACAGUUAAAAUGAUGCUAAAAGUGUUUAAUUUUAGUAUUUACCCUAAAAUAAUCCACAAAAAAAUAAACGUUUACUGAAUUAAUGUUGUAUUAUCUUGAAUUAAUUUUCAGUUCAGGUUUGCUAUUGCAUUUGGCUCUGUCUAAUCUUAACAAGUUGUAAACUGGGUUUGAUUCUAUAUAUAUUCAUGCUGGGGUGUCAUGCAUAUAUUCAUUAAUAUACUUAUGUUAACAGAGCUUCUGUUAUCUUAUUCAGUGGUAUUAGAAUAAUUUUGUUGAUGUUUUAUUUCAAAAGUACUUUGGAUAAUUGAAACUGAAGUUACAUAUUUGGUAUAUAAAAUCUAGAAAGAACAUGU